AUGCUGCGGACGCAGCUGGGCGCGCAGCGCGAGGCGCGGCGCCGCAAGCUGGACGAGGUGUCCGCCGAGAUGGACCGCCUGCGCGCCGAGCUGGCCGCCGAGCGCGCGAUGCGCGAGCAGCUGGAGCGGCGUCUGCACGACGACGACGAGGACCAGAUGCUGCGGGACGCCAUGCUCGUCGAGUCGGACCAGCUCCGCGACGACCUGGAACGCGAGCGUGAGGCGCGCCAGCAGGUCCAGCUGCAGGCCGCCGCCGAGCUGGCCACCAGCAGGGAGGAGGGCGAGCGCGCCACCGUCCAGCUCGACGAGGUGCAGCGCCAGGCCACCGCGCUCAAGGAGGUGGCCGCCCUCAGCAAGCGCAUGCUCGCCAUCCGCGAGGCGCAGGUGCACGACAUGCGGCAGCAGCUCACGGCCAUCGAGGAGAAGGUGGGCAGUCCCGAGCACACGGCCACCACACUCACCCACCUGCGCUCCGAGUACGAGAAGCAGAUCACCAACAUCCGCGGCCUCAAGCAGCUCUACGAAGAGCGCGCGCGCGUGCUGCAGCAGGAGAAGGACAAGCAGGCCGGCGAGCUGGAGCAGCGCACACAGGAGGUGGGCGAGCUCCAGGACGCCGUCAAGGAACUGGAGGAAAAGGCCAGCCAAUUGGAAGCGACGCUGUCGGAGCGCAGCGACGCCCUGGAGGAGCUGGAGUUCCAGCUGGGCGACUCGGUGGCCGAGUGCCAGAGCCUGACGGCGCAGAUGGCCAGGAUCAACGGACUCUUCACGCAGAUGCUGCUGGGCUGCAGCCACCCCGACAUCGACCUGGACCGCCUCGGGCACCUGCUGCACGAGAACCACGACCUGAUCGCCGACAUCACCGACAAGGACGGCGGCACGGACAUCGCGCCCGUGUUGCCCAAGCUCAUCCUGGACCUCAUCACGCAGGUGGAGGAAGAGGCCAGGCUGAAGCAGGAGGCCGAGGAGGGGGAGGAGGAGGAGGUCUGCGAGGACGCGGACGUCAAGGAAGGCGAGGAGGCCGUCAAGCAGGAGGACCAGCAGUCCGCGGAGGGCCAGGUUCAGGCAGACGACAAGCCGGCCGACGAGAAGCCGGCUGACGACAAGCAGGUCGGCGACAAGACAACCGAAGACCAGCAGCCCGAGGGUGCACAGCAGAACCCCCAGGACGCGGAGAAGGCGGUCAUCGCGGCCGCGCCCGGCAGGGAGGAGCUCGUCAACGAGAUUGCGUCCAACCUGCCCAAGGUGUGGGCGGUGCUGCGGGAGCUGGUGUCUCAGCAGGCGGGCCGCGGCGUGCGGCGCGGCUCGGUGGGCGACUCGGAGAAGGGCAAGGCGUCGUGCUACACCAGCGUCAACACGCCGGGCGGCCCGCGCAAAGUCAUCUCCGUGUCCAAGACGUACAUCCGCCUCAAGGACCUGAUCGUCGAGAAGCGCUCCCUGCAGAAGGAGCUGUGCAGCCUCAAGCAGCUCAACGGGCACCUGGAGACCCGCCUGGACGAGCAGGAAAACAGGCUCGGCAAGGUGUCGUCCGAGCUGCACAAGACGUGGGGGCUGGUGGGCCGCCUGCAGGCGCAGCACCAGCAGCUGCACACGCACGAGAAGAUCCUGCGCUACGAGCUGCACCAGAAGCGCGAGCUGCUGUCGGAGCUGAAGCAGGAGCUGGAGUACUGCCGCGAGAAGUGGGAGAGCGCGCGCGAGAAGAACUCGCAGACGGACCGCGAGUGGCGGGUGCUGCGGCGCGAGUUCGCGGCCCGCAAGACGAGGGACGCCACCCGCCUGGACGACCUCAACAACUCCACCUCCGGCGAGAGCGGCCUCGGCGAGGACAGCGGCGAGGACGACGCGGACGUGUCCUCUGGCCGGUCCGAGACGCCCUCCGUCGCCGAGGACGCCGUCGUCACCUCGUCGCUGGCAGAAGAGGACCUCGUCGUCGCGGCGCCAGACCUGCCUGUCGACCCGGAGAACGCCGUGGUCGAGGAGGCGGCCGCGCCCGCCGAAGCGUCGGCCGUGCCGAUUCAGGUGUCGAUGGCGCCGCAGCUCGAGGCGACUGAGGACGUGGAGAUGCUCCCCCUGGAGCUGGCCCCGGUGCGCGCGGUCACGUCGAGUGCGUGCCGCGUGGUGACGACGGAGCCGCUGACGGCCACGGUGGUGCGCUCCGCCGCCGUGGUGCUGCAGACGGAGGUGGUGCCCGCCCAGCGCGCCACGACCACUCCACUGCCAGCGGCGCGUCGCCUCGGGGACGACGCCUCUGACGCCUCGGACAGCGACGCGUCGGGGCCGCGAGGAGCAGUGCGCGACCUCACGGACCUGAAGGCGCGGGCCCUCGUCACCUACGCCCAGCGCGUCGCCAGCAUGCGGCAGCAGGACACCCUGCAGGACACCCUGCAGGACACCCGACAGGAUGCCCAGCAGGACAGCCAGCAGGACAGCUCGCGGGACACGGAGGAGGAACCCGACCAGCCGAAGCCGAAGUGCAGGCCUCUGGCGGCGCGGCUGGACGUAUCCCCGGCACCACUGGGAACCGACAGUCGAACGGACAGCCGAACGGACAGCCCCCCGGACACGCCGCAGGACACGGCGCUGCGGCCCCCGCCCACCAGGGUGGUGCCCGUGUUCGACCCGCUGGCCGCGGUGCGGCCGCCACAAGCCGCCCCGCAGUCCGACACCGCCACGCCCAUGCUGUUCGGCUCGUUCGACGUGGCCUCGCUGGACUUCUCCGCGCUGGACGUCACCAAGUCCCUGGCGCCGGCCGCCGUCCACGAGGAGCAGCGUACCGCCCCCGUGGCGGAGUCGCCCUCAAGGGAAGGGUUAUCCGCGUCCAGCCAGCUGACCAGCAAGUUGACGGAGACGGCCUCGGCGGCCAGCAGCGCGAGGUCGCAGCGCACCCCGGAGGAGAUCCUGGCGGACCGGUCGGCUCGGCUGCAGCGGCUGGAGCAGCAGGCUGACUGGCUAAAGCGGAAGGUGGCCAGCAACAACCAGCGGGGCACCGCCCUGUGCACCAAGCUGGAGGAGCUGCACGAGCAGUACGGGUCUGCCUCGGCCACCACCACAGCCGCGGAGCCCUCAGCGACGGCCGGCGUGGCGUCGGCAGUGACGCCUUCGGCCUCUCUGGACGCGGCCACCACGGCCUCGACCGUCGCGGCUUCGGUAUCCACGGCCUCAACCACCACUGCCUCGGCCACCACGUCCUCGGACGUCGCGGUCCCGCCGACCACGGUCUCGGCCUCCACCAGGACCCCGGAGGAAAUCCUGGCGGCGCGCGCGGAGCGACUGAGCCGCCUGGAGGAGCAGUGCAGCUCGCUGUUCAGCCAAAUGAACCGCACCUCCAGGUUCAGCAGUGUGCUGUCCAACCGCCUCGAAGAGCUCCACGAACACUACGGCCAGGACGCCGCCAACACCGCGCCGGUCCCGCCGGUCCCGCCACCCAUGCCCGGCGUGCUGCCCGCCGCCCGCCUCCCCGUCAGCGAGCCGCCCCCAGGCGCCGCCCCCGAGGAGCAGCGCGAAGAGGGAGGACCGCGGUAGAGCGUCGGGGGAGGGAGGGGCGUCGUGUGGGUGCACAGGGGUUGCUGAAAACGACUUAUUUUAAUGAAAAGAUAAUGUUUAGUAUUGAUAAUUCUGUCUUGAGAAGAAGACUGAUGGCGUUGCCGUGCUGUGAAUUUUCAAAGACGGAAGACGAAGAGUCGAACGUGAUGUUUCAGACGAUAGAUGAAGGCGGGUGGAAACUUCCGUAGAAAAAGAACAUGUGGAAAUGCCAGGUUCGUGCCACAUUGAUACAGAAUUAGUGUUUAGUAGCGUUAAAAUACCACAGUUUUAAAAAUUACUUAAGUAUUUGUGCCAACAUUACCCUACGAACCUGCUCCACUUUUACAAAGGACAGGACCACGCGCUUCUUAUGUGAAGUUGCAGACAUCACAGUCACAGUUUAAGUUUCUAUACAGUCUGAUACCAUAUAUUCUGUAUAUUUUCGUACCUGCUGCUUUGUUUUGUAUUCGGCAAUGCGAGAAGCAUUGCUCCCAAUAAUUGUGUACAAAUAUAUAUUGUUUUAGACGAU